CGUGCCGAAUUACGUGUUGGCGUUAGUCCGCGGCAAACACUCAACGGCAACGGGUCAGAUACGCGCGUGUCGGCAACCGCAAAAAUAAAAGGCAAAAACGGCGAAAGAUACAAAAACAUUUCAGAGACCAAAAUCGAAACCGAAACUGAGGAGCAUUGAUAAAAAAAAAGAAAGAAAAAUUUAUAUUGAGUCAAAUCAAACUGCAGACCGAGACACUGAGGCUGCCUGUGUUUGUGGAUUUCGAAUUGAAUUUGAAUUGCUUUCGAAUUAAAUCGGUGCAAAGAUAAAAAAAAUAAAGAAUUAAAAAAAUAUAUAUGAUAAAGAUUACGGUACGCGAUACGAGAUCUAACUAAUUUAUGAUUGUCGAUUCGACUUCGAUUUGCAAAGUGCGAGUGGGAAAAAAGUCGCGUGAAUUUCGUCAGAUCAUGAAAGGACUUUCGAUUUCGUAUUGAUAUUGAAUUGAUGAUUGCAUUGAUAAGCCCAGUCAGGCGUUAAGUGAAGUGAAUAAAAGAAAGAAAAAAAGUCGAACGAGAAUCCGAAGACGAAAACAAAACUUUGCACAACAAUAACAAGAAAUUGCAACUGCAACGGAAAAUCCGCAAAGGGAACUUCGUCUCUGCCUCCGUCCAGCAAACAACUGACAUCGUCUGUCUGCACAAGCACAUAUAUACUAUAUAUAUAUAUAUAUAUUGCUAUAUAAAAAACGAUCGAGAUCGAUUUAGUGUGUGCGUGUGCAAUAUUCCAACAUACAAACAUAUGUACUUGCUGUGACGAUCCUCUAUAUAAUCCACACAUACACACCGAUACAGUUAUAAUUCGCGUGUGUGCGUGUAUAUAGAUAUAUAUAUAUACAUAUAUAUAUUUGUAGAUAUAUCUAGGCAGAGUAGAAGAUAUAUGCGUAUGAGCUGAACGCGGCGCACUCUGCUCUGCUUUUUUCUUUUAUAAUUACUUUUGUCUAAAAUUAGAAAACGUGUGUGUUGUGUUCGUCGGGUGUGUGUGUCUUGCGUACGCGUCUCUGUAUUAGUGUUAGUGUGUUAGUCUGUGUCUGGUAUAUCAACAACAACAACACGAGCAACAGCAACAUCAUCAUCAUCGCCAUCGUCAUCAGCGACAACCGAGACAGUGUUCGCUUGUAUGUGUGUGCCAGAAAACACUCGACAGUGAAUCAGGCAACGACUACGACUACGACUACGACUAUGUCUAUAUAGACAGAUCGCGUAUACGGCGAGACAAGCACUAGAGGCAUUAUCGGGGGGCUGGCCAGCCUACGAAAAGAAGCACACACACAGACACAUAUCGAACUGUUGUGUGAGAUACGCGCGCAGCGAGGAUUACAAUUACAACAGCAGCAGCAACAGCGCAACAACAACAACACUGUGACGGCGACAGCGACACGAACGAAGCGUCGCAUCGCAUCACACGAACGCGAGACGAAGCAGCCAAUCGGCAAUUGCCGACGGCAGCCGAACGUGCCAAACGAAACGCGCACGAAACGCGCGCGCGUGAAAAACGUCGUGAAAAACGCGUAAACAGCAACAACGACAAAAAUCACAAAACAAAACAAAAACAACAACAAAACUUCAAAUCAAACGCCACGCGACGACCUUAAGUCUACGCCUAACGCAGAGGUUUUUGAGUUGGGGGGCGUGGCCAGUGCGUCGACUCCAAGGCGCUCAAGUGAAACGCAGCGAACAAAAUAAUUCUAACAGCAACAUAAAUAAGUGCAGCAACAACAGCGAGAAAACGAAUCAACGAACGAACAACAACAAUAAUAACAACAAAAAGAAUACAAGCAGCAAUUUAUUUAUUUAAAGAUAUACGUAUACAUUUUUGCAUUGCCAAAGCAGACGAUCGGGCCAAAAUGAGUCACCAGCAGCAACAACAGCAGCAACUACAAGAGCAACAGCAACAACAACAAGAACAAGAGCUGACAGCAAAAAUCUCAAAGUGCUUAUAAAUAUUAUGCUAGCGAUUGUCAAACAUUGACACACACACAUACACUACACAAUCACACACCCUCUCUCACAGUCUGUGUCUCUGUCACUCACACACCCACUCAUACAAGCUCGCUCUCUAUCUCGCUCGCUCGCGCCUCUCUCUCUCGCUGCUGUCUCUCAAAAUGCUACGAAACUAUCGAAAGUAUUUGCAGGAUAAACGAAAAUACGACAAGGCACAGCGACGACGCAGCAUCGACAGCGACAGCAAUUGUCAGGAUUAGACAACAGCAACCACAACAGUAGCAGCAACAGUAGCAACAAUCGGUCACUUCUAUUUGGAGCAACUUGAAUACAAAGACGAAGACGAAGUGAGAGCUCGAGCAACACACAAUAAGAAGAGCAGCAACAUCGACAGCAAUUCGAUUUGUUGAGUUUUGGGAUUGUAAAUAAAGCUAGGGCAACAGCAACAACAACUUUGGAGGACGCCAUGUAUGCGCAACAUGUGCGCAAAUGGAGUCUAAAAACGCAACUGCAACAAAUGCCAUUGAUAUCGCUAGCAAUCUACGUCAGCAACAUGUUGCUAUUGAUCACAUGUGCGCCGACGAUAACAGCAACAGCCACAGCAACAGCAACAGCUGCAGCUGCAACAGCAACAAACACACAACAUCACACAUUAUGGGAAGCUGAAGAAAGCAGCUAUUACAUUGCAUUGCCCCAACAGCAACAGCAGUAUCAGCAACAACAACAACAACAGCUGGCGGCGGACAAUGGCAGCAGUGGGAGCAGUGAAAGCGACAACAACAGCAACAAUAACAACAACAAUAUAUUAAGUAGGCUGCUUAGCCGGCCAAGCAAUAGUCUUAGUAGCACUAGCACUAGCAACAUUAAGUUAAGGCCAGCAACAGUAUUCGACGCACAGCAGCAGCAGCAGCAGCAACAGCAGCCACAAGUUCCAAAUACGCUAAUCAAUAGUCAAAUAAAUAAAUUAUUAUACAACAACGGCAAUCCGAGCUUUGCGUUGAGCAGUAAAGCGCGGCGACAUGCGUUGCCACAACUACAACAACAACAACUCAGCAGCAGCAGCAGCAGUAGCAACAUCAAUGCUGCGCGGCAGCAACCACAAGAUGAUGUUGCCUUUAACUAUAACAGCAAAGUCAGAGCAGCAAUCACACGCCAUUUCAUCGCGUCCUACGAAGUGCCAGAGAGCAGCCAAGUCAACGAUCAAACGGCGCGCAAUCGUCGCGAUUUUGGCAACAUCAGCAACAGCAACGUGGGCAGCCAACGACAACAGCGUGCUAACAACAACCAUCGAAGGCAACAGCAGCAGGAUAAACGCGAGCAUCGCCGCCAGCGGCAGCAGCAACGCAAAGAGCAGCGACAGCAGAAGCAACAACACCAGCAGCAACAGCAACAUCAACAGCAAAGGCAACAGCAGCGGCAACAACAGCGUCGCAAGCAUCCGCGCAAGCAUAAAAAUCGCUGUCGAUCUGAUCGCUAUUGCUCAGCGCGUGAUCCCGCCCAGCUGGCGUUUGUAGCGCCCACCGUUUUCAUGGGCGUCUUUACAUCGAUGACAGCCGAUCGUCGCGCCAAUUUCUCGGCCACAAUGAAAGUGUUGCAGGUGUACAAGCAACAGCGCGAUCUGCAAUUGCCGCCGUUGGUCCGAUUGCAGUUCGCAUUGCGCAACGGCAGCGGUGAAUGCGACAUCUACAGGGAGCGAUUGCUGCCACGCGGAUUGGUCCGUGGCAACGAUCUUGAGCAAUCCUCGGACGUCACCUACAUGAUGUUCGUGCAGCAAACGAAUCCCGGCAACUUCUCCAUCCUCGGACGGCCGAUUCGUGUCACGCACUCGGUGCUCGAAUCAGUCAAAAUGGCUGUGAAUGAAACUUAUGCACAGAACGCAUCGAUUACGUCGAUCACAUCGAAUCCGACGAACACGACGAUCGAGAACGGAAGGGAGCUGAGGAUCAUAUGCAAGGUGGAGGGCAGGCCGCCACCAAAGGUGACCUGGUUCAAGGACGACAAGUCGAUAAAUCGCAAACGCAAUGUUUACCAAUUCAAGCAUCACAAAAGACGCGCCGAGCUGGUUGUGCGCUCCUUUAACAGUUCCUCCGAUGCGGGCAAAUACGAAUGCCGUGCCAAGAACAAAGUCAGCAAAAAACACAUUGACAAACGCCGCAUCAUGAUCAAUGCCUAUCCAGUUGCCACACGGCCGGAUCAGAGCAACUGGGGCUAUCCAUGUAAAGAGGAGAAUGUUUGCUUUCACAACGGCACCUGCAUGCUGAUACCGGAUAUCUCUCAGUACUAUUGCAAUUGCCCGGAGGAUUACUAUGGUGUCCGUUGCGAGAACCACUCGUCAGACAGUAUGUACAGCAAAAAUCCCGACUGUGACUACCAGUAUAUUGGAGGUUUUUACUGCUAAAAUAGGCACUUCUAUAGCAUCGAUUGUUUUAGAUCGAGUCACGCGAUAUACGUAUAACGAAACGAUAUAAAGCGUUAGCAAAAACGAAAUCCAAAUCCAAAUCGAAUCAAAAACAAAUACAGAAAUCGAAACAGAACUGAAACUCUGUACACAAGAACUACGAGUAUCCCAAAAGAUUAACAAUUAUUCCAGAAUGGUCGGUCAUUUGUCUAUACUAUACCUACUACUAUAUACUAUACCUAAACUUGAAAUAAACCAAAUAUAGUUGAUAACUGAAAGCAAUACACAAACAUACACAAACAAACACACAUACAUACAUACUUACUAUAUACACAAAGUACAAAUAAAACUAAAUAAUCGAUAUACAAUAUGACCAACUGUAAGAUUCAGAAGUUAUCCCCCGACUAGCUCCUUCUCCGUCAUACCGUGAACUUGAGUUUUUUUUAUUAGAAAACACAUUCCAAAAAGCAACAAAGCAAAGUCUUAAAAACUAACAACAACAACUGUUCUUUUUUUGUAAUUAUUAUACAUACAAAAAUAUGUACUAUUUAAUUGAAAAUUAAAACUAUUAAAUAUUAAAAUGCGAAUAAAAACAAAUGGUGCUAUAGAAGGUUUAUUUUAAAUAGUUUUUACUUAGGAAUCUAUUUUAAUUGAAAUUCUCAUUAAACAAAAACAAAAAAAAACACACAAAAAAAAAUCGUAAAUGUUAAACAGAAUUUGAUUUUCCAUUUACACGAAAAACAAAACAAAAUUAUUAAGCAACUCACAGACUCAGACGAUCACACGUUAAACACACUCAUUACAUUACAGACACCUACCAAAUACUGAAUAACUUGUCGAAUGUGCAUUCAAAGCAUUCAAAUUGGCACAGCCUACACUCAUAUGGAUAACAAUAACAGUAACAGUAACAAUAACAAUAAAAACAGAGGCUCUCUUAAGUUAGAUAUUCUUUUUUUGCAACAUAUGGCAACCCAAGCAGCAAAAGCUGUCGCCACAAAAGUACAGUCACCACACAAAAGCACUGACCAACCACUACAUAAAAAAAAUACCAAAAUUUUGUUUUGUUUUCGAUAAAUACCAUAAAACAUCUCUAUAUAUUUAUAUCAAUAAUUUUUGUAGUUUGCAAUACAUGAAAAAAAAAGGAAAAACAAAUCGACCGACAAAAUACAAAAAACGAAACUCGAUGCGAAUAAUAAUAAUAAUAAUACUUCAUUAAAUAACAAUAAUAAUUAUUUCUUUGCAAUUAAUUUAGUUAUACAUUAUACAUUUUAUUAUUACAUAGUUUCUUGUUAUUCUAUGAAACAUUAUUAACACUUUGGCUGUAGAUUUUGACAAACCAAAACACCAAAAAAAAAAAAACCCCCUUUUCAAAACAAAUCAAACAAACAACAAUUUCAUACGCUCCUUAAUUUAUUUAUCGGUGGUUGUUUUUUUUUUUAAUUUCAAUUAUUUGUUGACUAAUCUCUUGCGUUUUCUUACUGUUUCUCUCGAUUUUUUUUGGUUAACUCUGUUCCACUAUUUUAGUUCUAAAUUUUCUAUUUAAUUUGAUUUGUUUAUAACGCAAAAAAGAGAACAAAGCUUAGCUAUAGCUUUAUCCCAAAAACAAUCAAUUUAAAUUGUUAUUUAUCAUGCAUGAAGUACUAUUGAGUGCAUUAUUUUUUGCUUGUAAUUCCCUUUUGGAAAUGGUAUUAGGGCAAUUAGUUGGCAAUAAAAAAAGAAAAAACACAAAAAAGUUAUCAAAGAAAAACCAAUUAAUUUUAAUUUUUAUUUAUGAUUUAAUCUCUUCACAGAUAUUUUGUUGCAAUCUACGGCCAAAUACAUACCUUAAUUAAUGACUAUUUUAAUGCAUAGAAUUUUUAUUUAAACAAACAAACAAACAAACAAAAAAAGAAAACUGCAAACAAAAGUACUCCCUGCACUCCAACGCCGACAAUUGUAAUUUUUUAGUAUUAUGUUUAAAAAAUUAUACAAUUUGUUGCACCACACACAAAAAAAAAAACAAAAACCACAUAAAA